CCAUCCAUUUUUUUUUUUCACUUUGCGUGUGUGUUUGUGUGUAUGUGUGUGUGUCUUGUGCAGCCCCAAAGCCUGGAUUUGAGAAAUGAACGCGCAAGUUUAGUUUGAAAACAAACCAUCGCGCUCAGUUUUAGAUUAUUUCCGAGUGUGCGGGAUUUUCCUCUGCGCUUUCAAACACCCACACUAGUUGUUCCCUGUCCGAGAGGCAGCUACGGGAUAUGUCGAGAGGCGGGGACCUCUCUCUUUCCACCUAAAUCCUGGGACCCUGCUGACGCGAAAUGACAUGAAGCAGGACCACGGUUGUGGACGCCACUGAAGUUGCCAGGUUGUGUCGACAUUCCUGCAGUUAUCUGCUGAACUGAACAUUCACCUCGCCCAAGGCAGUGGGCUUGUCCUGCUGUUUGUUCUCCCCUUUGCCGCACGUGAGCCACUGCAGCCAUCAUGCAGAGUUCAUCGCUUCGCCGGCAGAUGAAAAACAUGGUCAACAACUACACGGAGGCCGAGAUCAAGGUCCGAGAGGCCACCUCCAACGACCCAUGGGGACCCUCUUCCACCCUCAUGGCUGAAAUUGCAGACUUGACCUACAACGUGGUGGCCUUCACCGAAGUCAUGGGAAUGAUUCUGAAGAGGCUGAAUGAUCACGGCAAAAACUGGCGCCACGUUUACAAAGCGCUCACGCUACUAGACUACCUGGUCAAAGCGAGCUCUGAGCGUGUGGUCAAAUCAUGCCGGGAUAACAUAUACACCAUUCAGACGCUUAAAGACUUCCAGUACAUAGACCGAGACGGACAUGACCAGGGUAUCCAUGUCCGAGAGAAGGCUAAGCAACUGGCGGCUCUGUUGAAGGAUGACGGGAAGCUGAAGAGUGAGAGGAGCCAGGCACAGAAGACUAAGUCACGGGUAGGGAGAGGCAGCGCUGGACACACAGUACGCCAGAGCCAGGACGACUUCAACAGAUGCAGAUCACCAUCGUAUAACUCCUCCCUUGCAGCCUCCCCUUCAUCUCGACUUGACCCAGACGUCGAACAAGCCAUUCCAGCUUCUAGUGGAGAAGAGGAGCUGCAGCUGCAGCUGGCUCUGGCUAUGAGCCGAGAAGAAAGUGAAAAGCCACCUCCCACAGUGGGAAUUGAUGAGCAGACUCAGCUCCAGAUCGCAAUGAAACUCAGCAAAGAGGAAGCGCAGAAGCCAGUGAAGCGGGCACCCCCUCCUGCUAUGGAAAUGGACGAGGAUGCCGAGCUCCAGUUAGCCUUGAGCCUGAGCAAGAAGGAACACCAGCAGGAGCAGCGCACUCGCCGAGGAGAUGAUUCUGAUCUCCAGAAAGCCUUGGAGGAGAGCAAACGUGAAAUGGAGGGAAAAGGAGGGACGGCCUUCAUGGACCUGGUUGAUAUUUUCGCGGUACCUACAGAUGCACCGCCUAGUGACAUUCGCUGGAAUAACACUUCACACCAGGCAGCAACUGGAGCCAGGGCCAUAGACCCCUGGGACUCUCUAGAAGACAAGACUCCAAGAGCUGAUUCCCCCUGGAUGGUACCACCUUCCCAAAGCCCCCCACCACCGUGGGAACCUCCAGCGUACCCUUGGGAUGCGCUCCAAGACAUCUCCAAACCCAAAGCCCAAGAUUGGACUUCUGUGUCCUCUGGAGUUGAUCCGUUCUUAGCUCCGUCUGACAAAACAGCCGCUACGGGAGCAUUCAUGCAACCUCCACUUCGAAGUGGAAGCCCUUCAGAUGGGGAUCUGUUUGACGAAGCAAUGGAUGGUGGCCAUGCGAGUAUUAACGGUCAAGAUGAGGACAAUUCUGACCUCUUCAAUAUGUCUGGUCUUAGAGACAGCCUUGCCAACACUAAGCCUCGCGCAUGCAGGACACCGGAGUCAUUCCUCGGUCCCACGGCUGCUUCCUUGGUAGACCUUAAUGUGCUCAUUCCAACAAAUCCUCCUGCAAAGACCACAAACCCAUUUUUAGCAGGUCUUAGUGCUCCUUCAGCUGUCAAUCCAUUCCAAGCCGAGCAGCCAAAAGUCAGCCUGAAUGAAAUGAGCUCUAGCUUUGCCUCUCCGGUUUCCCAGAGCACCUCUCUGCCAUACAGUGCCUCACUGCCCCUGCCUACGAGCCAUCAGGGUGCCGCCAUACCUUCGUCACUCACCCACCCCACUCCGCCUGGUCUGGAGCUGCCAGUGAAGCUCCCUGAGCCUUUGUUGCCCUUCUCCUCAGCCAGCAAUGAAGAAUCACAAGCUUCACAAAUCAACAUAAACCCAUUCUUAUAAGGACCCUCCAAACUGGUCUAAAAAAAGGAGGAAUGCUCUUGGAAUAACGCUCAUUUUGCAAACCAAACCGCAGCCCUAAAGACUCGUCUGAAAAGCGUAUUAUUAAUGGUUUUUAUAUCGUUGUAUACAACAGUAAUGCUUAUAUUGUUGCAAGCUAGUUCUGCUGCUCCGCUACAACCAAUGAAAGCUGUUGUACUGUUUUUAAUGGGUAACAAUUUCAAACAAAGCAGAAGCACACUUUGAUAUUACUUUGUUGUCCAUGAGCUUUGUGGUUAGUGCUGAGCCUCAGAUCUCUUGCAACAGGCAACACCUGCCCAGUGCCUGAAACGCUCCUGCAUCAACUCAUUUACCCGAUGAACCUUCUCUGGACCAGAAAUGAUUGGUUUAUUCAAUGUAUAAAUAUAUCAUUUGAAAAUAAUUGUGGGAUUAAACUACCUAUUGUGUUUUGAAUUCCCAAUAUGCAAGAUGGCAACAGGAAUGUAAAACCAUUUGCUUGUUAAAACACUAACUAAUGAAAUACAGCAGCAAAUCUGCAACCAUUUAUUUUUAUUCAGAAUGAUUUACUCUUAUUUUUCCUCAUCUCCUCUGUUAUCAGAAGUACAUUUAAACAGAAAAUAAUCACCCUAAGUAAAAAACAAGCAAAAAACA